GAUUCAAAUAUAAAUGAAGUCUGGACAGAGAAGGUUAGAAGGAUGUUUAUUGAUUUAUUUAUGUAUUAAAAAAUAUGAACUUUCAGUUUAUGGUAUAUGCAUGGUUCCUAAACAAUUGUUUGUGCAUAAUUUAACUCAGUAUUUUAAUGUCACAUCAGACUGCUGAGUGUCCACUGUGUAAGAAAACAUUUGACAGUGAUGUUAUUGAGAUACACGCAGCCAACUGCGGAUUACGAACUGCAGAAUAUGAUAAUAACUUCAGUGACCCAAUAAAUACACUUCAAAGUUCUGGGGAGAUUUUGAAUUGGAUCAGCAGUAAAGUUGAUCAAACCAACACCUUUUCCAUCUGCGUUUCUCGGAAUGACAUCUACAACAGAGGAAUGCAGCAGUGGCAGCGCCAGAAGAAAUCGUCACCGAAAGGCAGAUUAAAGGUUACCUUUUUUGGCGAAGCAGGGGUCGACUCUGGUGCUCUUAGCAAGGAGUUCUUAACAGAAAUGAUUGCAGAGAUUGAAACAAGACUUUUUAUCGCUGGUGUAGAUAAAAAAGGGAAAAAUCCUGUCUAUUGUCUCAACAGCUUGGAUCGUAACUACUUCAGAAGUGCAGGAGAAAUUAUGGCUGUCAGUCUAGCACAAGGAGGACCACCGCCGGUUUUUUUGCGAGAGUGGUGUUUCCAAUAUCUUCACUCUGGAGAUUAUGACGGUAUACAGGUGACUACCAGUGAUGUCACAGAUUUGGAAUUCUCCCUGCUCAUUGAGAAGGUUAACUCAACAGAUGACAUGAGUGAGCUUACAGAUGAGAUUUUAAGCUGUGGAUACACUGGAAAAUUGUCUGCUGACAUGAAAAGCAACAUCAUCAGAGCCAUUGUUUUACACUCCACUAUGAGAGUUGUUCCAAUGCUUGAUCAGCUGCGAAAAGGCCUGCAGCUCUAUGAUCUCCAGAAAGUCAUGGAAAUGCAUCCAGACCUGUGUCUACCACUGUUUGUCCCAGGGGAAAAAGAUGACAAGGUGGAUGCAGGCUUCAUUCUGGAGAAUUGCCACCCUGUCUUUAGUGACAAAGGUUCUGUGAAAUACACCAAAGAAGUAAAUGUAAUGAACUUUUUCCAGGAUUUCCUACAGGAAGUUGAGGAUCGUGAAGGUGAAGCUGAACAAAUGACUGCUGGUAAAGUUAUGCAGUGGAUGACAGGCCAGAGACAUAAGCCUAUUCUUCCCAGUGACCAGAAGGAUUUUAACAUCACUGUGAAGUUCAAUCACGACUGUGACACAAAUCAUACUGUGUGUUUUCCUACUGUAAGCGCAUGUACUCGCACGAUUACGUUUCCUACAGCUCACCUGAAAACACUGAAUGAAUUUAAAAACAUAAUGGAAAUAGCUAUGAAAUAUGGGGAGUCAUUUGAUAAUGUUUAAAUG